UUGGAAUUGGUAUUGUUGAAUUAGGAUUUCUUUUUUGGUUUUGUAAUAUCUCCUUUUAGCAUUGGUAUUGAAACUUUGAUUUGUAGGUUGAAUCUUAACCUAUAAAUUAUAAAAAAUAAAACAUGUAUUAAGGUACCCCAGGCAUACCCGUAUCCUAUUUUUUUAGGUCUUGCCUUAUCGGCAUACCCGUAACGUAUCCGUACUAGUAUCCGUACCGCACCCGUGCUUCAUAGGUGGUCGGGCAAUGUAAUAUCCCAUAGUUUUGUAAAUAAUAAAUUUAAUAAUUUUAACCAGUAUUUCGUGUUAACAAUGAUUACUUUGUUAAAUGGUCAUAAAUGUGCACAUUUUGCCGGUAUGCUUUUGGAAAAGAAUUGAAAUUCUCUUUUGCACGUAUUUGGCAUGGUAUAUUUGCAACAUUUAAACUGGCCGGCUCAAAUUUGACUUAAUGGUGUGAUAGUAUAUGUUAGCUAGUUUAGUGGGUUUUAUGGUCACAUUGAUCCUUGUGUAAAUAAGAGAAAAUCAUAAGGGCAUUUUAGUAAUUCUGAUGGUAACCUUUGCACUUAAAUAGUGGCUAGGGUUAUUUUAUGUAUCCUCUUAUGUUGAGAAAUUGCAGAGAGAUUGAGGGAGAUUGGGGGCGGUGGUUUUGUGAGCUUGAGAGAGAGAGAGAGAGAGAGAGAGAGAGAGAACUGGUUUUUGACUUUGACGGUGGAGCCACCAGCAGCGAUCAUGGAGGCGCAGCCAUGGGAAAUGAAGAGCAGUGGCAGUGCAUGAGAAAAUAGGUCAAUAGCUGUAGUGAGAGAAGCUCUCCGGUGACCUUUUGGGCUUUUGACGGUUCCCUGCAUAUCCAUAGAUUAUACUACAUUUGACUUGGGGGAAGGCGUGCUGCUCAGUGUGGAAGAAGGAUGAGCAGGAGUGGCAGAACAUGUGUUUCAAAGUGGGAUCAGCCUCGACUUUUCCCAGGAGAUACAGAAUAUGGUAUUUGGCUUCAGAAUGUAGGGGAGUCUGUUCAUAAUAAAGAAUCACAAUCUGGGAGGGAUUGCCCAGAGCUUGCUGGUAGUACCAAUCCAGAAUUGUACCGUGUUGAAUGCAAUAACGAAGAUGAAAUAUUGGAGUGGUAUGGAGAAGGAUGUUACAUGACAAAAAUGUCUCCUGGUCUUGAUCACUGGAGGCAACAAAAAUACAGUCACUUCCCUAGAAAUGGUCGGGGCAGAUCAGACAGGAGCCGGAGCAGGAGUCCUCCACAUGGUUUUAAGAGAGAAUUAGGAUUGGAUGGAAGUACUGCAGCCCGGACUUGUAGAGAUUUUGUUGCUGGUAGAUGCAGGAGAGGUGAUCGUUGUCCGUAUCUUCACCAGGAUCGCAGAGAUCAUGAAGAUAGAUGUCCUGAAGGUGGUCUAGCAAAGAACUGGGAAAGUAGCCACUGGAGGAGUGGAGCUUCUAAAUAUUCCACUUCUAAUGAUGGCAGGGAGUACUUACAGAGUGUGGGAAGAUCUAAUAAUCUUUGUAGUGAUUUUAUCAAGGGUAGAUGCCGUACGGGGGCAUAUUCCAAAUAUGCGCAUAAUAGUGUUGCUUCUGAUACAGGGUCUCUGAAGGAUGUGUUUAGAGGAAAGGAAAAUGACAGGAGUGGGCAUGGUAGGGAGCAUGAACCCCAUAGGAGUAGUGAUAUCCCUUGCAAAUUUUUUACUGCAGGAAAUUGCCAUAAAGGGACGUUUUGCAGAUUUUCUCAUCAUGGCCAGACUGUCAAUCCCUAUGACAGGUCAAGGGAUGAUUGGAGGAGGAGGAGCAAGAAUUUAGAUACAGUGGAACAACCAGAUGAACAUCUAAGGUGGCGCGACACGACUGUGCCGGAUAAUGCAAAGUUGCUCAAGUGGAAUGAGGAUAGAAAUGGAAAUGUUGGUGCUCAUGAACAAGGAUUUCCUGCAUAUUCUAGGGAUGAUAGAUGGGUACGUAGUUUUAACAUUGAGAACAGAUCAUAUGGUCACCCAAUAAACAAUGGUAAAGCAGUAGAUGGCAAUGAUAGGGAGUAUCUCCAGCCAAAGGCAGAAACUGCUGCUGCUGGAACGAGUGGCUUUGAAUCAAAUGGAGCUGAAAAUUGGUAUAGUGAUAUGGAGCUUUCUUCCCCAUGGAAUUAUGGGCAAUCUUCUGGCCAUGUUGUGAAAGAAGAGAGUUGUCACAUUAGCCAGACCUCACAUUGUCUAUCUCUUAAGGAAACAUCUUCACGCUCAUAUGAACAGGAUAUGACUGGGGAGAUGUUAGGUCAGAAGCAUCAAGAUCCUGCAGCUAUGCUACCGCUGAUAUCUGAAAAUGUUUGUUUCUAUUCAAAGCCCAGUUCAAGGGAGGAGGAUGCUGGUUAUGCGUUUUCUCUUGAGCUUAGAAAAGAAACUAGUGAUUGUGCCAUGUCAAGCAUUGAUCAAAAAUUUUCUGCAGAUGUUCUGCCAGGACAAAGUGUGGAUCAGAAUGACCGUAGUUCUAGUGCAGUUAUUGACCCUCUCUCAAGGUUUAGUGCAGUUGGACAGAAUCAACAGACUUUCUCUCUGCAUGCUCCAAGAGGAGAAAGUAUUACCAAUGUGCAAACUCAACCACUGUUCCAGGAGGACAAAUCACUUAGCAAACCUAAUGCUGGAGAGGGAAACCGACCUGAACUUAGUUCUGAAAUCCCUCCAGCACAAAACAUAGUAAACAGGCAGCAGCCUUCACAAUUUAUCAAUUUUUCAGCUUUGGCUCAGUUAUAUGGAGACAUGAAGCAACGUUCUCAUCUAGGUGCUGUUCCCAAUCCCACAAAAUUAAUGGGAUUUGUGUCUUCAUUCCUUUCCAAUUCUGCAGGACCUGUUCGUCCGAUUGCUGCAGCAUCCAGCAAUCCAAAUCUAGUCAUUAGAUCUGUGACACAGUAUAAUCCUCUUAGUGAUAACAUUGUGUUGAUUAAAAACCAUCCCGAUAAUCCACUUGCAGGAUUGUUACCAAAUCCUGUUGAAGGAAUUGUGGGUGAGAAACAAGAAGUACCUUCAAGAGACUUAUUCAGUUCUCUUACUGGCGGACCAAGUGGUGGUGAUCAAUAUAAGGUUGGUAAAUCGGAGGUUGAAUUAGAUCGAGAGUGUCACCAAUUGGAUCAGCUAAAUCCAGUCGCUAAUUGUGAUGGUGAAGGAAACAAUGAAACGACAGCUGAGGAAAGCAAGAAAGCACAGGGAAAUGGACCGUUGGAGAAGAUGAAUAAAGAUGGUAGGGCUGAUGAGGUCAAGAAAAAUAAUGAUUCAAAGGGCAUCUGGGUAUUUAAAUUUGCGCUCGUGGAGUUUGUUAAGGAGAUGCUGAAACCAAAGUGGAAGGAAGGUCAAAUCAGCAAAGAGUCUCACAAGACUAUAUUGAAGAAAGUGGUUGAUAAAGUUAUUGGAAGCAUCCAAGGGGCUUAUAUUCCGGAUUCACAAGAGAAAAUUGACAAUUAUCUCUCAUCUUCAAAACAAAAGCUCACCCAACUUGUAGAGGUCAGAGCUAAUACCUUUUGCCUUUGUAGUCGCAUAAUACUUUCAGUGGCAUGUUAUUUUGAUAAAAAUAUAUUUUCCCUAUAAUGAUAGAGUAUGUGAAUUUGCACUAACUAGAAUGGCUCACUGGGCUUUUUCAUGGUUUAUAUCUAUCCGCAUUUUUUGCUCAGACUUGUUUAUUUCGUAUUUUUCUUGUUUUUGGCUCACCCACUUGGUGGCUUCAAUUUUACAUGAUUUUACAUUUUUCCAAAAGGCCCAUGUAGGAAACCUUAAGUACUUCGGAUUAAUGCUUGUUUGUUAAGUAUUUUAUUGUCUUUUAA